GAUUCCAUGGCCGACUGCCCUUUAUAUACCCCUAACCCCUCCACAAACCCAUCCACCGCUGCGGUUCCUCUCUUCCCUCGCUCUCCUCUCUCCUUCUCUUCUCCGGGCUAUACGUCGCUCUGUUCCGCAGGUUGGAGUUUAAGAUGACGAACGCCAGAAUCGACGAUCUUGAAAAAAGAUUGACCGGCCUUGAGAAGGAGCUCCGUGGAGGAUUAGAGGAUUUAAAUUCGAGAAUGUUAUCGCGCUUUACGGAUGUGGACCGGCGGGUGGAGGUUGUGUUGCACAAGUUGGAAGGUUUGACGGGACGGGAACGUGGUAUUGUUCGAAGAUCUGAUGAUGCGUUGCUUAAGCGGAUUAGGGACGUAAUUUGGUCAUAUUUUUUCUCUUCUACCUGGACGAUUGGUGCCAUAGUAAAAACAGAAGAUGCUCGUUCUGCUGAUUGGCGGGAGAAGGUCUAUCGAGAGAUACAAGACAUUAAGAAGCACUACUUUGAAGAAUUGAAUGAAAUUCACCAAAAGCUUACUCUGUCGCGGCAGCAGCUUCAGUCUCUUUUAUCAGCAAAAGCGAACCGAAGUUUGGGACAUAUCAUGAACAAAAUAGAUCAUAUAUUAAAAGCGUUGCAAUACUCCAAGAGUGAUAUCCAACCUGAUCUGAAGGACAUGCUCCCUGUGUAUGAGAAAAUAAUAAUUUUGUAUCUAACUUUGUGCAAGAAAUGCAUCAAGCCACUGUUGUCAUACCUGCCUCAGCAAGAACAACCUCAAGGUCCUCAACUAAGGAUGCUUGAUGGUUGUACAGACAACCAAAUGAAUAUGCAAAGUUCAGAAACUUCAGUGCAGCCAGCUAAGAAUCUUCCAUGUUUAGCUGCUUGCGAGGAAGCUACUUCAGACGAUGAAAAUGAAGAGAGGAUGAGAUCAGAUAUUGUCCCACCUAAGGAAGAUACUUCAGAUAAUGAAUGUGAAAAGACGAUGAGAUCAGAUAUUGCCCCACUUAAGGAAGCUACUCCAGACAAUGAAUACAAAAAGAGGAUGAGAUCAGAUAUUGUCCUGCCUAAGAAAGCUACUCCAGACAAUGAACACGAAAAGAAGAUGAGAUCAUAUAUUGUCCCACCUAAGAAAAUUAGAGUGACAUUUGACGAUAUAGGUGCCUUGGACGAAACCAAAAAACUUCUUCAUGAGCUGAUUAUACUUCCCCUUCAACGACCGGAACUCUUCAAAGGUCUAUUAGAACCUUCUCGAGGAAUACUACUUUUUGGGCCACCUGGAACUGGGAAGACAAUGCUAGCUAAGGCCUUAGCACAUGAAGCAGGGGCUACUUUCAUCAAUGUUUCAAUGUCUGCCAUUGCGUCAAAGUGGUUUGGACACAGUGAGAGUAAUACAAGGGCAUUGUUUACACUCGCUGCAAAGGUGGCCCCUACUAUCAUUUUUAUAGAUGAAGUUGAUUGUAUUCUUGGGCAGAAAACUAGAGAAAGAGACACCAUAGCGAGUGUAACAAACGAGUUCAUGAUCCACUGGGAUGGACUUCUGACGAAGUCUGAAGACAGAAUUCUGGUUCUUGCAGCAACAAAUCGACCAUUUAACCUUGAUGAAGCGAUCAUUAGAAGGUUUGAUCACAGAAUUAUGGUUGGUUUACCAUCCCAGGAAGGCAGAGAAUCGAUAUUGAGGACACUUUUGUCAAAAGAAAAGACCGAACAACUUGACUUCAAAGAGCUUGCAACGAUGACAGUGGGAUACAGUGGUAGUGAUCUCAAGAACCUUUGUGUUGCCGCAGCAUAUCGCCCUCUCAGGGAGCUGGUCCAGAGAGAGCAGCCUACGAGAUUGAAGCAGUCGAAUAAGCAAGGGAGUGUUGAACCCACUACUGCCUGUCGAUCAAUAAACAUGGAAGACUUGAGGAAAGCAAUUAACCAAGUGGCUAAAAGCUGUGCUACAAAGAGUUAUCUAGUGGAACAACUGGAGGAGUGGAAUAAAUCGUUUGGAGAUGGAGGCUCGAGAAAGCAGCAACAAUUAUCUUAUUAUAUCUGAAGUACACGGACACCAAUUUGGGAUUUUAACCUUGAAGACUACUACUACACAUAGGCUAUAGGAUAUGUAAGGAAAAAUUGUAUAAAGGAUCCCUCAAAUUCCAUAAUUUGUUCAAAAAAGAGCACUUUGUGGAUCCUAUUAGAUUAUAGUAUCUUUUGAAUAGAUUUGUAGUGAUUUAUUUU